AUGGCAAUACAAUCGAAAUUAGAAUUAGAAAGAUAUCAAUUUGGUGUUGAUAUUCGUAAAACUCGCCAUAUCUAUGGCAAAAAUGACAAAGUAAUUUCGUUUGGUGAAUGGAUAAAACAAAGAAAAGAGCGAUGUACUAUUGUUGAAAUGAUUAGCGAUGCCGGCAAACGUGAGGCCUUGUUUUAUCAGGAAUUGAAUGGUCACGCUCAUAUUAUUCGUACUUUUGGUUCUAUUGAUAAUGAUUCGAAUUAUAUUAUAUACGCACAAGAAUAUGCGCAAAACAAUGAUUUGCAUAGUUUUUUAUAUGACACUCCUUUAUCACAAAUAGUAUUGAUUGAAAUGUUCUCACAAGUUGCUAAUGCAAUGCAAUUUAUCGCUAGUAAAUCGAUGGUACAUGGUGAUUUGGGUUGCCGAAAUGUUCUUGUAUUUAAAUUAGAUAAAAACCAACCAAAGAAUAAUUUAGUUAAAAUAACUGAUUUUGGUCUUGCACGGACACUUAAGACGCCAUCUCCAUUUGGAAAUCCGUCUAUUAUACCGAAACGAUACUGUGCAUUGGAAAUUCUUCGAAACAAUAAUCAAUCAAGUUAUACCGAAAAAUCUGACGUCUAUUCAAUGGGUAUUUUAAUGUGGGAAGCUUUAUCAAAUAGUGAAAUUCCAUAUUCAUAUAUUGCUGAUGAAGAUCGAGUUGUUAAAGUAAAGUUAGAUAAUGAAAAACUGAAACGACCACAUAUUUGUAAUCAGCAACUAUGGUCUCUUAUGGAAGCUUGUUGGGAACAUGAAAGAGAGCUGCGACCCAAUUUUGAAGAUAUCAUAUAUAGAUUAUCCACGAUUACACCUUCUGAAGUUCCCGAUGACCAAAUAUCUAUUUUAAAAUAUGAGCCACCGACUGGCUAUGCCUUUAAACUUAAUGUUGAUGUGGAAAAGAAUGCUGCAAUAGGCGGCACAUUUCGUAAAAUUUAUCAAGCUAAAUGGAUAUUACAAAGAAAAGAACCUAUCGUUUUGAUUGAAAUGAAUGAAGCACCGUCGAAAUACGAAGUAUCACUCUUCAAAUUAGUCGACAAUCAUCGACAUCUAAUUAACACAUUUGGAUUUGUUGAAAACAAUUCAGGAUCCAUAAUGUUGCUGCAAGAGUGCACACCUCAUGGUCAUCUUCAAGAACUAUUAAAAAGCCGGCAAUUUGAGCCAUCACCGGCGGUACUCGUUGCGAUUUUCUUGCAGAUCAUUGAUGCAAUGAUUUAUAUCAUUGGUAAAGAUAUGACGCACGGUGAUUUAUGUUGUUCAAAUGUUCUUGUCUUUCACAUGGAUGCAUCGAAACCUAAAGAAAACUUUGUUAAAUUAUCAAAUUUUGCUUUAGCACGUCCAAAUAAAUCAUCAUCGUUUGACGAUCGACGUUCAGUUAUCCCAGUAAGAUAUUGUGCACUUGAAAUUCUUCGAAGUGUAGGCCGAUUGAAUUAUUCUGAGCUAUCGGAUGUCUAUUCGAUGGGCGUAUUAAUGUGGGAAGCUUGUUCACAAGAAAAAUAUCCGUUUACUUCUACAAUGUCAGACAGAGAAAUUCGACAAAAGAAAUUAAAUGGUGAAAUAUUACCUCGACCAUGGAAUUGUGAUAGACAAAUAUGGCCCAUUAUUAAAAAAUGCUGGGAAAAUGAACCACAAUCACGAGAUAGAUUUAGAGAUAUGCAAGUAAAGCUUUCUAGUAUUGACCUCGAGUCACAAUUUAAAUAUGAGCUAGGUAUUGAUGUCAAAAUGAAGAAUCGAUUGUGUGGUGAACCUGGAAAAAUAUUUUAUGAUUCUGAAUGGAUAGCAGAGAAAAGACAACCGAUUAUAUUAAUUUCAAUAACUACCGAGACAGCAGAACGCGAAGCUUCGUUCUAUAUUGAACUUAGCUCUCAUAAACAUAUUGUUCGUACGUUUGGAUUAGUGAAAAAUGAUCCUCGAUCGGCUAUGUUAAUACAAGAACGUGCUCCACAUGGUACUUUUCUAAAAUUGUUGCAAAGUCAAGAAUUCAAACCAUCGACAAAAGCGCUCGUUAGAAUUUUCUCACAAAUCAUUGAUGCUAUGACUUAUAUUACUAAACAGGAUGUUAUACAUGGUGAUUUACGUUGCGCUAAUGUUCUAGUCUUUCGGAAGAAUCCAUUAGAGGCUGAUGGAAACGAAGUUAAGCUAACUAAUUUUUCUUUAACCUGCACAAAUGAUACAUCAUUUAAAAACAAUAGACAAACAUCUAUUUCCAGUCGAUAUGCUGCACCAGAGAUUGGCGAAAGCGGAGGUCAAUCAGAUUAUUCUGAAUUCUCUGAUGUUUAUUCGAUGGGUAUUCUAAUGUGGCAAGCUUGUUCGCAAGGAGCGAUUCCUUAUGAAUUUUCCAUCAGUGAUGAAGAUAUUCAACAACGAAAGUUGAAAGGUGAAAACUUACCAAUGCCAAAGAAUUGUGAUACACGAAUAUGGAAGAUAAUAACAGACUGUUGGUAUAGAGAGCCACAAUUACGAUAUGAUUUUAAUGGUAUGAUGAUACGCUUGUCUAGUAUUAAAUUCGAGCCAUCAGAAAUUUAUCAAUAUCGAUUAGAUAUGAAUGUCAAAAAGAAGAAUCCACUUAAUCGUCAUGGUGGUCGAUUUUAUGAGGCAGAUUGGAUACCUGAAAGAGAACCGCCCAUUAUUCUAAUGAUCAUGAACAAAGAAACAGCAGAACGUCAAGCUUCAUGGUAUUUUAUGCUCAACACUCACGAUCACAUUAUAAAGACUUUUGGUUUCGUUCAAAAUAAUGAUCAAUUGCCUAUGUUACUGCAAGAGCGUGCUACUCAUGGUAAUCUUGAGGAGUUGCUACAUAGUAGACGCUUUCAGCCAAAACCGAAAGUUCUCAUCGCCAUUUUCUUACAGAUCCUAGAUGCCAUGGUUUACAUAGCUAACCAGGGCAUUAUAAUCGGUAAUUUAUGUUGUUCAAAUGUUCUCGUCUUUCGAAUGCAUCCAAGCUAUCCAUCAGAAAAUCUGGUUAAGCUCACUGAAUUUAAUACAGCAUGCAAAAAAGAAUCUCCGCGUACUGAUUACAAACCGCAGUCUAUGCCAGUGCGAUAUUGCGCUCCUGAAAUUCUUAAGGUUGAAGACUCAUCAAACUAUUCUGAAGCAGCUGAUGUAUAUUCGUUUGGUGUUUUAAUGUGGCAAGCUUGUUCACAAGGAAUAAUUCCUUAUGGAUCUGAUACAAGCGAUGAGGAUGUUCGACGAAGACGAUUGAGCGAUGAACAAUUAUGCAAACCAAAUGGUUGUGACGAUCAAAUAUGGGCCGUCAUCGAAUAUUGCUUGUUUAGAUCGUCGGAGGUGCGAGACAAUAUAAAACAGAUUCAGUUGAAGAUUUCAAAAAUUAAUCUUGUAAAACCUGAAGCACCACCACAUCAAAAUUCACGGCAGCCAAGAAGAAGCCGUGAGCGAUCAUGUCCACGACGUGCACUUGGACCUUCACAAUCUUUCAGUCCACCCAGCAUAUGGGAUCGACUCUGUUCAUGUUUACCUUGUUUUGGCAGCAAGUAA